CUACAACAUAAAAGGAGGAUCUUGAGAGUCAGACAGCAUCCUGUCACAAGCAGUUGGCCGAGGAGGAACUACCUUUACAAUACGACAGUAUCUUUGCAGACAAGAACCCAAAACAAAACCUCUUCUAGAAUGUCAAGCUCUUUGGUUGUGUGCGAGGUGGAUGAGAGUCUGAAAGAAAAACUGAAGAAGUUUAGAUUUCGAAAAGAGACCAACAAUGCAGCCAUCCUCAUGAAAAUUGACAUGGAGAAACAGCUUGUGAUCCUGGAGGAAGAGUAUGAGGACAUCUCCCUGGAUGACCUCAGGAAUGAACUUCCAGAGCGGCAGCCAAGAUUCAUUGUUUACAGCUACAAAUACGUCCAUACAGAUGGCAGGUUGUCCUACCCUCUGUGUUUCAUAUUCUCAAGUCCAGUGGGGUGCAAGCCUGAGCAGCAAAUGAUGUACGCAGGCAGCAAGAACCAACUGGUCUCCGCAGCAGAGCUCACAAAGGUUUUUGAGACGCGAAACAUAGAUGACUUGUCUGAAGAGUGGCUGAUAAACAAACUGUCUUUCUUUCGCUGAAUAGACACUUGUGUUCACGUUAGUAAAAGUGCAUGUAUUGAACAUAAGCAAUUUAUUGCAAACUAGUAAUGAAGUUAUAGUGUCACUUAUGUUAUUGCAUUCUUCUUCCUUAGUUGUACACAGAAACCAUUAUUACCAGCCUGGUUGCCAGUCUUUCUGCUCUCUUUUGUUGACAUGGUAGCACAAACAGAUCUGGGACCAGGCUACAUUACCACCACUUUGGAAGGAACAUUUUUUCCAGGAAUACAUGUUCAUCAAUAAAGAGGGGACUUUGGAGAGGGUGACUGUUAGCAGUAUAAGAAACAUACAGGCAUAAAUGUUGUAAAAUCAGCUACCACCAUUUAUUUACAAUGUCUAGAUGUUAAGAGAAGUUUCCAUCAUACAACUGAAUUUAUACAGGUUAAUAGUAGCAGUUUCUGGGAGGGAAACAAGAAAUUGGCAGAAAAAGAGAAUGUUCUUUUGAAAGUUUAGUUCAAAACGUAAAAAACAAAAAACUUUCCCACAUUUUAUUGGCUGUUCCUAUUACAUUUAUAAUGCAUUGUAUCCUCAAAAUGCUAAGGACAAAGAAACAGAUUUAACACCUGAAAAUUAAACAGAAAAAAUGUUUCUGCUUUCACACCA